AUGGGUGACAACAAUCGGGCUACUUUCAGCAACGACCCUGCUGCCAAUGCUCCCGAUGCUGCUGCCGUUGAAAAGGGCAAGGGCAAGGCUGUUGAAGAGCCCGCGCUCGAAAUGAGCAUGGACGAGGAUGAGGAGAGCGAGGAAAGUGAAGCUGAGGAGAUUGAGUCAAGCCAUGCUAACGCCUCUCUUUUCACAGAGGAUGAUGAAGACGAUCAUGACAACCUCGAACCAAUCUCUCAGAGCAACAUCAUCGCCGGCGGCCGUCGGACACGAGGAAAGACGAUCGACUUCCAGGAAGCAGCCGAGAAACUGAAGGAUGAGAUGGAUGAGGACGAUGAUGACGAGGAUUUUGAACCUAACGAUAACGACAUGCGCAACUAG